CAGUGUGUGUCCAGAAGCUACAGUUCUCUGCUAAGAGGGGAAGACACGGCUCCACACCAUCCUGCUUUCACUUAAAAACUUUUAACAACUCAGUGAAAGGAAUAGGCACACAAACACAUGUCAGUUUUUGAGCUACCUUCCUAAGACUGUCGUGCUGAGAGGUGAUGCUUGGUGUUGCUGGGAUGACGGGCAGCAUUGCUAAUGCCCUGGCCAGUGCGGCCUGUGAGCGCUGUAAGAGCGGCUUUGCUGCCACUGAGAAGAUUGUGAAUAGUAAUGGAGAGCUGUACCACGAGCAGUGCUUUGUGUGUGCCCAGUGUUUUCAGCAGUUCCCUGAAGGACUUUUCUAUGAGUUUGAAGGAAGAAAAUAUUGUGAACAUGACUUCCAGAUGCUCUUUGCGCCUUGCUGUCACCAAUGUGGGGAGUUCAUCAUUGGUCGUGUCAUUAAGGCCAUGAACAAUAGUUGGCACCCAGACUGCUUCUGCUGUGACAUUUGCCAGGCUGUGCUUGCAGACGUGGGGUUUGUCAAAAAUGCUGGCAGGCACCUUUGUCGCCCGUGCCAUAACCGCGAGAAAGCUCGGGGCCUGGGCAAGUACAUCUGCCAGAAGUGCCACGCCAUCAUUGAAGAGCAGCCGCUGAUCUUUAAGAACGACCCCUAUCACCCAGACCACUUCAACUGCAGCAAUUGUGGGAAGGAAUUGACAGUCGAAGCCAGGGAGCUGAAGGGAGAGCUCUACUGUUUGCCCUGCCACGACAAGAUGGGUGUCCCAAUCUGUGGUGCCUGUAGGAGACCCAUCGAGGGCCGUGUGGUCAACGCUAUGGGCAAGCAGUGGCAUGUGGAGCAUUUCGUGUGUGCCAAGUGUGAGAAGCCUUUCCUCGGUCAUCGGCAUUAUGAGAGGAAGGGGUUGGCUUACUGUGAGACUCAUUAUAAUCAGCUCUUCGGCGAUGUGUGCUAUCACUGCAACCGUGUGAUUGAAGGCGAUGUGGUGUCUGCUCUCAACAAGGCCUGGUGUGUCAGCUGUUUCUCAUGCUCCACCUGCAACACAAAACUCACUCUCAAGAACAAAUUUGUUGAGUUUGACAUGAAGCCUGUGUGUAAAAAGUGUUAUGAGAAGUUUCCUCUGGAGCUGAAGAAAAGGCUGAAGAAGCUCGCUGAGUCGUUGGGACACAAGUAAUCGGCUUCGCUCAACAGCCUGCAACGCUACGACUACCUGAGAUGGUAGAAUAUCCAGGAGAACUGCUGCAUGACAACGCAAGGACCCGGUCUUAUAAAGGUACACCAGUAUUAAUAAUCGGGAUCCAUUUCAAAAGGAAACAUAUAUCACUGUGGUGUUGUUAUAAAGGUGCCUGUUAGCAAUCUUUUUUUUGUACCUUUCGCUUCUUCUAUAUGCAAAUGUUUUAUUUUAUGUAACUUUCUUAAAUUGUCCAAAUUCCUUGUUCUCUUCUAGAACAGACAUGAGGUGCUCUAGCUCAUUUGACUUAACCAUGAGCAUGAUUACCAACUGCUAUGUCUCAAAUGAUCUUGAAUUUGGAAAAAAAGUUUUGAUUGACAUUAUAAUGAUUUACACGUGUGCCUUGAAUAUAUGAACUGUGUCUUAAAAUGCAAAUUACGGUCACAUGUGAGUUACCUGCAGUUAUUGUGAUGCCUUAUAUCAAUUUGAAUUAGACAAAGUAUAAUUUGAAAGCUAAAUUGUACUAGCCUUUUAACCUUUGAUCUUUUUUUACCUCAGUAUGAAUAAUUACAACCACUGUAUUCAUUAGGAUGUUAUAAUGAUGUAUCCUCUUAUAAAGAUGGACAAAGCGUUUCAAGAAAGAGCCUUUCCCCGGAGCAAGGCUCAUAUACUAAACAUUAAGUGUUAAUGAAUCCACUGGAAAUAAAUAAAAAUAAAUAUGAAUUGGUGAUGAA